AUGUCUUCUUUGUUCACGACCUUUCUUUUUAUCUGCUUGACAUAUCUCUUCUUUUUCCUCCCUCAUUUACAAUGCAUAGGCUUCAUCUUAUUAAUAAUUCCUUUCUCUCCUCCUUCUUUACUAACCAGUCUUUAUCUUUUACUUUUCCUUACUUGCUAUUUCUGUUUUAUUAUUUUUGUCUGUUCUCCCUGCUUUCGUUUUUUUUUAUCGCUAUCUCUUGCAUUCCUUCUUGAUAUUUUUUCUUCACACUUGCAGUUCUCAAUCAGAAUGUUACUGUCUAUUUCUUUGUCUUUGCCAUCCUCACUUUCCUCAUUCUUCUUUUUCCAUAUUCAAUUCUAUGACAAUUAUUAUUUCAAUAUUUUCAAGGUUAUUAAACGGAUGUCUUCCGGUUUUCAUCAUUUGCAUAAUCAUCUCUCUCUCUCUCUCUCUCUCUCUCUCUCUCUCUCUCUCUCUCUCUAA